AAUCAGUGUUACGCAUACAAGAUAAACAUGAAUUGACCUUUCAAAGCUAAAUUACCAUACUAGUAAGAUUUUUAAGCGUUAUAGUUUAUACAAUAAAAAACAAUUGUGCGAGUAGUUCAAUUAACGUAAAAAUGGCAGCCCAGGUACAAAACAUACUAAAAAACGCCGAUUGUGUUUGCUUCGACGUCGAUUCAACGGUUAUAAAGGAAGAGGGAAUAGACGAGCUCGCCAAAUUUUGCAAUAAAGGCACCGAGGUUGCAAAUUUGACUGCCAAAGCUAUGACCGGUUCAAUGACUUUCCAGGAAGCUCUUAAACUACGUUUGGACAUAAUUAAACCCAGUUUAACCCAGGUUAAGGAUUUUAUAAGGACUCAACCGCCGACGCUGACACCUGGAGUUAAAAAACUCGUUGACUUAUUACAUGGAAAAAACAUCCCUGUGUAUUUAAUAUCUGGGGGAUUUAAAUGCAUCAUAGCUCCAAUAGCGGCCCAGCUGAAGAUCCCAUAUGAAAAUAUUUUCGCCAACAGGCUGACAUUCUAUUUUACAGGUGAACAUGCUGGUUUUGACGAAAACGAACCUACCUCCCGUACCGGCGGAAAAGCUGUCGUUGUUAACCACUUAAAACAGACCCAUAACUACCAAAACGUAAUUUUAAUUGGAGAUGGUGCCACCGAUUUGGAAGCGUCGCCACCUGCCGAUGGUUUUAUAGGUUAUGGCGGUAACGUGAUUCGGCAAGCUGUCAAGUCCAAGGCCAAGUGGUACGUCACUGAUUUCAACGAAGUAAUCGAUGUGAUUAAUUCUUGAAUUUUUUGUUAUUAAUGGUUAUUAAAUAUAUUUUUUUAUUUUAAAAAAG